AUGGCUUUGUCUAGACUCCAGCAUCCAUGUUAUUUACAACAAUGCCCCUCCAUCUCUCUUCCUUCUUCCUUUCCUCUUCGCUUCUCCUCCAUCUCUUCUCAGAGACAAAGACGACUAAGUGUCGGCGUCCAUACUAGUAGUGUUGCUUGUUGUAGCCUGUCCCAGCAGGAGUACCAAUCUCAAGUUUUGUCGUCAGUUACUAAUGGGAGUCCAGUCUCCGAUAGGAAAGAGAUUCGUUUCGGUUUGCCUAGUAAAGGACGCAUGGCAGCUGACACUCUCGAUCUCCUCAAGGAUUGUCAGUUAUUGGUGAAGCAAGUGAAUCCUAGACAAUACGUUGCAGAAAUUCCUCAGCUCACUAACUUGGAAGUUUGGUUCCAACGACCCAAAGACAUUGUACGAAAGUUGAUGUCAGGAGAUUUGGACCUUGGAAUUGUGGGUUUUGAUACUUUCAGCGAAUUCGGACUGUCAUAUGCUAAGCCUGAGCCAGAUAGAUGGUUUGCUUCACAGCUUAUUCCCAAAUAUGGGAUUUUCGAAAAUAUAAAUUCGCUGAGGGAGUUAGCACAAAUGCCUCAAUGGACAGCUGAGAAACCUCUCCGAGUUGCUACCGGCUUCAAUCAUCUGGGUCCUAAAUUUAUGAAGGAGAAUGGAUUCAUGCAUGUGACAUUUUCAACUGCUGAUGGAGCAUUGGAAGCUGCUCCUGCGAUGGGGAUAGCUGAUGCUAUUUUGGACCUUGUGAGCAGUGGAACAACUCUGAGAGAAAACAACUUGAAAGAAAUUGAAGGGGGUGUGGUGUUGGAGAGCCAGGCUGUUCUUGUUGCUAGAAGAAAAUCAUUGAUCCAACGGGAAGAUGUGAGGGACAUAACGAAAGAGAUUCUUGAAAGGUUUGAGGCGCAUUUGAGGGCAGUUGGUCAAUUCACGGUGACUGCAAACAUGAGAGGAAAUAGUGCAGAGGAAGUUGCUGCUCGAGUACUGAGUCAACCAUCUCUGUCUGGGUUGCAGGGACCUACUGUAAGUCCAGUUUUCUCCAAAAGUGAUGGAAAGGUUGCACCUGAUUUCUAUGCCGUGGUCAUAUGUGUUCCCAAAAAGGCAUUAUACGAGUCCGUACAGCAACUUAGAGAGAUUGGAGGCAGCGGAGUUUUAGUUUCUCCUUUAACAUACAUUUUCGAGGAACUGACACCAAGAUGGCAGGAGCUUGUUUCAAAACUGGAGCUACAAACACUCUGCAGCUAA